AUGGCGAUGAACCCAGGCGAACAAACAGGAGUAAUCAUCUCCACGGCCGUCGUAGCCCUCCUCACCGGUUACGCUUUCGGUAUCUACACUAUCCGAGGCUACCUCAUCCCACCCUCUCUGUUUGAGGAGCGCCGGCGCAACCUACACGACCCUGUCGAGAGUGACGAGAGCGAUUUCGACGAGGAUGACACUGUUCUCGAUCAUGCUCCCAACUGGGCCAAUGGCGCCGACGCCGAUAAGAGGCAGGGUCUGAAGAAUGUUGAGAAGGAGAAGGAGCCUGUUCUGAAGGACAAUGGAGAGGAGUGCAAGCUUGUUCUUGUUGUGCGAACAGAUCUGGGCAUGACAAAGGUAUGUGCUGUAGGCAAAAUCGCUGCUCAAUGCUCCCACGCUACCCUCGCAUGCUACAAGGCCCUCUCCCGCGCCCCCGCCGACUCUCCCCUAUCCAAGAUCCUCAAGCGCUGGGAACGUCUCGGCCAGGCCAAGAUCGCCGUGCAAGUCAAGAGCCAGGACGAAAUGCUCGAGCUUCGACGCAAGGCCCGGUCUCUGGGUAUCACAGCUGAGGUUAUCCAGGAUGCUGGCCGAACACAGAUUGAGGCGGGCAGCAUGACAGUCCUGGGCGUUGGACCUGCGCCCAGAAGCCUUGUUGACCAGGUCACUGGUGGGCUCAAGCUGCUGUAA